GGAUGAUGGAUGGAGCGGGCAGAUCCAGGUGGAGAGUGAGGGAUUGAUGGGUUGAUGUUUGAGGAGAGAAACACUCCUGGGACCUGAGAUUGCUUUAAGAUAUAAAGAGAGAGGAGAGAGCAAUCUGAGGGAGAUGAGAAGAUUGAACUGAGAGGGGGCAAUCAGCUGGCCGAAGCGGCAGUUUUCGCGCAGUCUGGAUUCACUCAGCAAGCUGGGACCCUCUCUGUAUAUCCACGGAAACACGUCGGUCUCGUCACACUGAAGGAGAAAAGGAGUGACGGCUCAGUCAGCCGCUUUCCUCCACAGUUCCUCUUUAUUUUGCAUUUUAGAAGGCUGCUCUGGAAAACCCUGUGGAUAAAUUUACCCUCAGGGACCUGCGAUACUGAAAGAAACCCGGUCCUCAUUGCCAUGAUAUUGUGAUAAGAUAUGUUUAGCUACACUGGAACAAUGGAGAAAGCCUUUUCGCUUUUACAGUGAAGGGAGUGUCACUUCUACCUGACUCACAGCUCACCUGUCUGUCCUCUGAGGGCAGCAGUGUGCAGAACGUGCUGGAAAGAUGGAUGCCAAUGACAUCUUUGCGUCCUUUGCAACCAUAAAGGUUUCAGGCCUGAACUCCCUCUGGUCAGCAAUCUCUCUGUGGGACACCACAGCAGGACUAAAACUCUUCUAACCUGGUAGCCCUUCCUUGAGGGAUUACACGAGGGAUGUGUUUCAGCAAGCUCUUCGCGAUCAGUGCUCAUUUUACUAUAAUAUGCAAAGUCUCCAUUGAGCAUGCGGACAUCAAGCUCAAACAGAUCGGACUCAUGUCGGUUACUGUUUUCCCGGUGCGGCUACUCUUAGUCUCUUUCUUGAUGUUGCUGGCGUGGCCCUUUGCCUUCACGGCUUCGCUGGGACGCUCUGAGCUUGUCCCUGAUCCACAGUCGUGGUGGAGGAGAUUAAUAGAUCUUUGUCUACGGGUCAUCAUGCGAGCCAUGUGGUUCUGUGGUGGCUUCCACUGGAUCAAGGUGAAAGGGGAGCGGGCGCAGCCCUCUGAAGUUCCCAUCCUCACUGUGGCCCCACAUUCCUCCUAUUUCGACGCCAUCCCAGUCACCAUGACCAUGUGCUCUAUCGUCACCAAACUGGAGAGCAGGAGCAUCCCAAUCUGGGGCACUCUCAUCAGCUACAUCAGGCCCGUGUUCGUGUUCCGGUCCGAUCAGCACUCCAGAAGAAAAACGGUUGAGGAGAUCAAGAGAAGAGCUCAGUCUGGAGGGAGCUGGCCUCAGAUCAUGAUAUUCCCUGAGGGGACGUGCACCAACAGGUCCGGUCUCAUCUUAUUUAAGGCUGGCGCUUUCAUCCCGGGGCUCCCGGUGCAGCCGGUGGUGCUGCGAUACCCAAACAAACUGGACACUGUUUCGUGGACGUGGCACGGCCCUGGAGCGCUAAAGAUCCUGUGGCUUACUCUGUGUCAGCCUCAUAACGCUGUAGAGAUCGAGUAUUUACCCAUCUACUAUCCAUCGAUGAAGGAGAGGGACGACCCUGCUCUGUUUGCCAGUAACGUCAGGACGCUCAUGGCCAAGGCGCUGGAGGUUCCCCUCACAGACCUGUCCUUCGAUGACCGGGACAUCAUCCUGUCACGCGGCCCGCUGCGAAUACACGACUGCAGGAGCCUGCUGCACUUCAACCGGCUGGUGGGCCGCCUGGGGUUAAAAGCAGGGACGAGGGACAACGUGCUUGAAGAGGAGGCCAGGAGAGCCACAAAGCUGCAAGGGGAUAGAUUGGGACUGGAGGACUUUGCCCAGUUCCUCAACCUCCCAGUCACAGAUGCGCUUAGACAAGUCCACAACCUCUUUGAUCAGGCUGGCGAUGGGAAGAUGGACGUCAGACACUACGUCAUUGCUCUGUCUACUGUACAGGGGCCUCAUAAACCCAUGGACACAUUAAAACUGGCCUUCAAGAUGUACGAGGAGGAGGACAGCGGGGAAGUCGCGGAGGAUGAUCUGGCUUCCAUCUUGGAAAUAAUGUUGGGAGUAAAGGAGGUGGAGCUCUCUCCUCUGCUUCUUGAACUUCAAGCACCUGGCUCGGGGAAGAUCACUUAUGAUGAGCUUCAGCGUGUCAUAAAUCAGCGUCCGAACUUCUCGGUGGAUUGCCUCAGUUUUAAGGAUCAUCCACGGCGCGGCUGCAAGAGCUGCAACGGACGGAGCCACAACAAAGACGACUAAAUGACAGACGCUUUUUUUCACGCGCCCGGUUUGAUGGUUGGAUCUAGAUGCUGUAAACCGCCUACCACCUCUGUGCCUUAAAGUGCAGGGAAAGGAAGAGCACAUCUGUGAGGAGGUUGUCUGUCCUCCCAUCUCUUCACUCAGUUUUCUUUGCCUUUUAUCUUAGAGCACAUUUCCUUCAAUGUAACUAAGUUUUUUUUAUAUCUUGAAUGAAUAAUUUCUUUCUUAUAGUAAAAAUUCAAAUGUUCAGGAAAGUCAGCCGACUUAUAAAGUUAUGUAUUUCCUCAGUAGCUCUCAGGUACAGCAGACUGCAGCUCAUUGAGCUUCACUUCUCUAAACAAAGUAGCGAUAUUUCAGGUU